AUGGAUUAUAUUGAUUAUUUCCAUUACCCUGAAUCCAAGUCACCUCAAUAUAAACAGAAUCGACAGGAUACAACUGAUAAAUAUGGAAAUAUAACAGUAGCAAUCCUUUUCGGAUUUCUUGUUAUAAUUGGAUCAUUCAAUAGUUUGAUCAAAUGGGGGAUUAACUUCCACAGAUUCAAAGUCAUCAAGUUUAUCAAUAAAUUACCCGAAAAUAAAGUCACCAGAUUAUUGAAAAAUGUGCUACUUGUUGUAUUGUAUCAUUUACCAACAGCCUUUCAAAUUGUUUUCUGGUUAACAGUACUUUCGGUUUUAUCAUUGAGUGAUUUGAAUGAUGGUGAUCUAAUCUUUCUUGCUAAACGAUUGGGCCGAAUAUCAUACAAUUGUCUUCCCACAGUGUUUUUCUUAUCACUAAGACCCAGUCCUUUACCCAACACAUUAUAUUUAUCACUUCUACCCAUCCAUAAGUGGUUAAGUAGAAUUAUCAUUUUACAGUCCAUUCUUCAUACUUUGCUUUACAUAGGAUUCUUUAACAUCAACAACACCUGGUUUAAGUUAUUCAAACUAGAGAACUGGUAUGGUAUCAUUGCAUUGGCGUCAUUUCUAAUCAUACUAGUGACGUCGUUUCUGAGAUUCAGAAAUAAUCAUUAUAAGAUGUUUUAUAAUUUUCAUUAUUGUUUAAGUUGGUUAAUAGUUAUCACCUUACAAUUUCAUGUCAGACCAAGUAACUCCAUUGGAUUUACUUCCAUGAAUUUAUGCAUCCUCAUAGGACAAUUGGUCUAUCGAUUCAGACUUACUACUCUUCUGAAACCUGAAGAUUUCAAAAUCACCAACAUAUCUCCUCAUCUAAUUCUAGUUGAAUUUCCCAAAACCUUGAUAUCUAAAGAAUCAAUCAAUCCUGGUAGUCAUAUAAGACUUACUAACAAGAGUAAUAAUCCCAUCACUAAUUUCUUCAAGCAAACUAUACCCAAUUAUCAUCCUUAUACUUUAGUAAGUCUUCCCAAUAAUUUUAAACAAAAGCUCAUCAUUAAGAAAGGAACAUUCAAGUUUAGUCACCAACAGUAUUACGUCACUGGAAGUUACAAUGCUAAUCUUUUAUUCCUUGAUAAUAAAGAAGAUAAAUUCAGCAUAAGUAAAGUAAAGGUUAACACCAAAAAAAUUCUCAUUGUCAUAGGGGGUUCAGCUAUAUCGUUUGCGUUACCAAUCCUUAGAGUUAUGAAUUAUCAUGGUAUUCCUGUAAGAUUGAUUUGGGUCGUUAAAGAUUUCAGAGAUAUCAUAGUUUUGAAAUAUUUUGAUGGUUUCAUCCAUAGUGACGAUAUUGAAAUUUAUGUCACUGGACCUGAAAUAAUAACUGAUACUACUGACCAUGGUAGUUACAGUACUUAUGGAACCAUCAACACCGAAGAGGACCAAGAUUAUCCUCAAGAAGAAGACCGUAGGAAUUUCGAAGAUGAAAAUGUUGAUAUAGCUAUUGGUGAAGAGUUUUGUGACGAAUUUGAUUCUUUCAAUGACACUCUUGAUACUUCAUCAGUUUCAUCGGUAGAUAGUCUUCAAACAAGUCAUUCAAAUGGGUCAAGUAAGUCUAUCAAGACUAAUAUCUCAAAUGAAAGAUUUAAACCUAAACUUGAUACAUCCAAUAACAUUACCCGGACAUAUGUCAAUAGUUACAUCGAGACUAUCAAACGUCUUCACUUAUCCAAUAAAGUAUUCAAAGGUCGUCCGAAGUUGAACAAUAAGUAUUAUAAUUGGUGUUUGAAUGAUAGUCCUUGUACCGGACCAAUUGAGGUGAAUAAUCACUUGGUUUGUUGUAGGGAUUUACCACAAAGUUCCAUAAAUAUGAAUCAUGAGUCUCAAGUGUGGGUGAUAUCUGCUGGUCCUAAGGGAUUGGUACAAAAUGUAAAGGUAUGGGCUAAAGAGAAUGGAUUAAAGUUUCAUGAAGAAGCUUUUUAUACUUAA